UCUCUACAACCUCCUCUCUUCCAUGCUCUAACGAUUUCUCUUUCUACAAUUCUAAGAGCUUCUCUUCCUCUCUCAUCCUUCUUUUCUCUUCCAAUCCACUGUCUCAUACGAUGGCUACCAUCAUUCCGAGUGGCAGCGGCGGCAAGAAAGAGUCAGUUGCUGAGCUACAAUCAAGAAUCAAUGCGGCAUGUUCUUUGUUUGUGGAAAUGGGUUUCCAACCGGCGUUGUUUACCAUCAGCAUGAUCCGUAGCAACGGUCUCACUGAAAAUGAGUUCCUAGAGCUGAUCGAACCUAUUUCUUCCAUCACAAAUCUUGACGAUUUAAGAUCUGUUUUCGACGCAGCAGCUCGUCAAUUGGUACAUGCUUCAUUUUCGAGUGAAUUCUCAAAGUUCCUUACAUAUGUGAGUUGGCUAAAAUAUGUAGAUGGGAAGAAGGUUGUGGACGAUGUGUUAAAAAAGAAGAAUCCAGAAGAAAAGAAUAACAAACUCUCAAAAGCUCAGAUUGAAUUUGCACAGAUGCUUGUUGAUUAUGGGGCUCCCCGUAAGCUAGAACAAAUGCGCAUUCAGGGGGAGAUUGAGGAAUUAAAGAAGCAACAAAUGGAGCUGGAGGCUGAAUCUCUAAGCAUUUACGAUGAUACGUUGGAAAAGCUAGGUCCUCUUCUUCAAUACAAACAGAUUCCCAUCAGAUCGUUGAGAGUUCGGGCUUAUAAGCUUUAUAAAAAGGAUUGUACAUAUAACGGCAUAAAUGCCAUCCCUGGUGAUGCGGGAUACGCAAAAGCUGUGAAAGAUUUUGGUGAGGUUGUGAAAGAGAAUCAUUUACUUAAGUUCUUGAGUAAUCCUGUUCGGAAGGAAUUUAUUAAAAAUUUCUUCAAGAUGAGGGUUGUGAAUUUGAAUGAGGCUAGGGAUGGUUAUAAUAAAUUUGUGGUUGCUGGACCUUCAAAUGAAACUGUGAAUACUGUUCGUAAGUUUGCCUUAGAUAUGUUAGAAGAAGAAAUUUACGAAAAGCAACCUAGGGAUGAAGAGGAGCAUGGCGGAGACUGAUGGCAGAGAAGUGCAUUCUUAUUGGGCUGCAAUUAGUGAUAUUGGGCUUGUCAAAAAUGCCCAAUAGUGAUAUCACAGUUACCGAUUAGUUUUUAUUUUUGCUUUUAAUGAAUGAUAUUGGACUCGUACCAUUUGAGGAAUUAGAUGUAAAUGUCCCUGACAUAUAGUCUAUGAUUUUAGAAUUGGGAGUUUUUACGAG